AUGAUACAACGCAACGACUACCUCACGAUCAUUGAUCUGCAGAAUGCCUUCCUUCAUGUUCUCAUCAAGACCUCAUCACACCAGUACCUCCAGUUCCAUCGGGAAGGAGUUUGCAUACCAGCAUACCUUAACAACUUGAUUAUCAUUACUUCCUCACCUGAGAAGGCGCGGCUGCAAACAGAAGCUGUUCUAUCAAAACUAUGUCUAUUAGGGUUCCUGUACAAACCUGCCAAGUCCUACUUGAUUCCAACCCAGAUUCUCAACCACUUGAGAUUCAACAUCAACACCACAACCAUGCGCCUGUCCUUGCUAAAAAGCAAGAGACCAGACAUUUGCAGGGAGGCUGCCAUACUGCAACGAAAACAAUAG